AUGAAAACAGUUUUAAGCAAUCGUUUUAACCACUGGUUUUAACCACUGAUGAAAUAUACCAAAAACAAAAUGCAGAAAUAGUCCAGUUUGAGAGUGCUUUAACUGCCCUGGUUCAAUGCUAGGGAACUGUGGAAACCAGUUUAGUGAAACCUUUAGCCUUCUCUGUCAAAGAGCUAUGGCGCCACAGUAAACUACAAUUCCCUAGCACUGAGUCAGGGACAUUAGAGCAGUCUCAAACUGGAUUAUUUCUGCAGUGUGUGUGUUUUGGAUCAUUGUCAUUGUUACAGUAAUGACCCAGAUUGGGCUAUCUCUACUGUAUGUUUGGUAUUGUACAGCAUGUUCUGGAAAUGCUAAUGAACAAUAUUUUUAAAAGGCACACAGGCUGGCUGCAUUAGUGCAAAUAAUAGUACUCAAGGACCUCAGUAAUGAGUUUGAUCUUGUAGUCUUUCAGUGUGCCGUAAACUGGUCUGAAACAUGCCUCAAACUGGGUGAAACUAGGCUUCUAAUGGAGCUCUUGUGAAAGCAAAGGAGACAGAUGCUCUCUGUGUCUUAAUUUAUAGCUGCAAAGUUCGCCUAAGACUCCAGGCUUCUUAUCUGGGGAUCGAUGGUCAUGUUUUCCUUUUUAAGCCCAUCUGUCUUGCUAGUGUAUUGCUGCACUGAAGGAGGAUGGAUCUUGCUUUCCAUUUCUGCUGAAAAAGGCAAGACAGUGGGCAGCCUGAACUGGUUUCAUCUUUGGGGGAAUUUGCUGGAUGUGAUCAGCUGUGAAUGCAUAAUUGGCUUAUGAAUGCAAAUCAAGGAGAAGUAGUAUGAUUAUUAGGUGUCGCUUUUCAGCCCGUCUUUCUAUGGAAAGUAAAGGGAGUUGGACUGUGGUGGCCUUGACCAAAUUUGACGAACGGGAUACCUUUAGAGAAUCCUGAUCAAACUGCCAGCAUCCUGAGAUACUUGAACAAGACAGGGGCAGAGUUCAUUUGUCUCGUCUUUUGCUACAUCAGCACCCAGCAGUUUUCUGCUUUUGAGUCCUUCAUCUUUUCCAUACAACCCGAGGGAAGCAGACAAAGAUGGUUGGAUUCAAGCCCACCGACAUCCCUCCGACGGCCACUGUGAAGUUUGUGGGAGCUGGAACCGCUGCCUGCAUUGCGGACCUGAUCACUUUCCCCCUGGACACAGCGAAAGUCAGAUUGCAGAUCCAAGGAGAGAAGAAACAGGCUGUUGCCACCAGAGCAGCUCAGUACAAGGGAGUCUUUGGCACUAUGGCCACAAUGGUGAGGAACGAGGGGCCGAAAAGCCUCUACAAUGGCCUGGUGGCUGGCCUCCAGCGCCAGAUGAGUUUCGCUUCUGUCCGCAUUGGGCUGUACGAUUCAGUGAAGCAGUUCUACACCAAAGGCUCAGAGCAUGCUGGGAUUGGUAGCCGUCUCCUUGCUGGAUGCACCACAGGAGCCAUGGCUGUAGCUGUGGCCCAGCCAACCGAUGUGGUGAAAGUGCGGUUCCAAGCGCAAGCCCGGAUGGAGGGUGGAAGGAGGUACCAGGGGACACUGGAUGCAUACAAGACCAUUGCCAGGGAAGAAGGUGUCAAAGGCCUCUGGAAAGGUACUUCCCCUAAUAUAACCCGGAAUGCUCUUGUGAACUGUGCUGAACUGGUGACCUACGACCUGAUCAAGGAUACACUUCUGAAAUACAACCUCAUGACAGAUAACCUCCCUUGCCAUUUUACCUCUGCGUUCGGAGCUGGCUUCUGCACGACUGUCAUUGCUUCCCCUGUUGAUGUAGUAAAGACCAGAUAUAUGAACUCUGCCCCUGGUCAAUACGGAAGUGCCGUAAAGUGUGCUCUGACCAUGCUCCAGAAGGAAGGGCCGCUGGCUUUUUACAAAGGUUUCACGCCCUCGUUUCUGCGUCUGGGCUCCUGGAACGUGGUGAUGUUUGUGACCUAUGAGCAGCUGAAACGUGCCAUGAUGGCUGCUCGCGGAUCAUGGGAGGCCCCCUUCUGAGCCGGCUGACAGUGCACUUUACAGAUAUCAUACGCCCAUAACAAGUCCUCGGUUUGGAUUCUCUCCCACCCGGUGUCUGCAUUCUGCCUCUCUCCAGAACCUUCUCCAUAGUCUUUAGACUACCAUAACUACUGUCUUAAUCAUUUCUGUGGCUUUUAGUACAUGCGGAGCAGGUGCUCCUGAUUGCUUCUUUUAGGGAUUUUCUUUUUAUUGAUGUGCUGCUGUCUACCCCCUUCACACUUUUUUUUCAAGAUUUGCCUCUUUGGGGUAAGAGCACUUUAUUAGAUUUAGGAAUGGAGACUGCAGGGCUUUAGCUGGUACAGAGCCAUCCAGCUUUUCCAUAUACACUUAUGUAUGUAUUUUUAAAAACAAUAUAGAUCUUUUAGCCUUGUUAUCAGCAGAUUGAUGGGCAGAAAAUACUUCUCUUGUUCAGAUUAUCAACAUCUGGAGAAUCAGUUUACUGUUCAUUUAUAGCAGAUGCUGAAAAGUGACAUUUUUGGACUACAGCUCCCAGAAUCCCCCAGUCAGCAUAAGGGAAUCUGGAAGUUGUUGUACAGAAGGAGCCCUUUCCAGGCUCUGAUUAAGGCCAAAUCACAGUCUAGUCCUUAGAAAGCUGGAGACCAAAGUGACUGAGAAUAAGAGGAAUGUCUGCGGUUGCUCAAUGGUGCCAGUGUGUGCCUGCAUCUCAAAUUAUUAUUAUUAAAUUAUUAUUUUAUAUUUGGAGUCUUUAAACCUUAUUUAAUAGUCAGAAGGGAGAUCAAAUAUGGGUGACAUGACCCAGCCCUACUUGAUGGAGGAAGGGCAGCCUUACUAAAAGACUGUUAGCUUGGGAUUUAAAGAAAUCUCCAGGCAUGAGAGAAUUGAUCUGGGCAUGUCAGGGAGAUACACUGUCUGUUUUUCAAGGAACUAAAGAAGGCACUUCUGCUUAGGUAUAUAACCUGGGGCUCAGUUACACUACAUGAUUAUAGUGCUAGGAUUCCCCUUUUAAUUGUCAUGGCAACACCAUAUGGAAUCCUGGGAUUUGCAGUUUUGGGAUUUUCAAAUUUUCAGCUGGAGAGCUCUAGUGCCUCACCAGACUACAAACCCCAAGAUUUCAAAUGUAAGAAACAUGGCAGUUAAAGUGAAAUAAUGGAGCUAGAAUUGCAUAGUGUGGAUGGGCCCCAGUUCAACGCUACAUAUGAGUUACAGCUUAUUGCACUGUUGGAGAACCUUGCUUGAGCGAAAGUGACAAGAAGGUAGAAAACCCAUGCAAUUUAUAUUUGAACACCUUUGUAAUUUUCUGAAGCAUUUCGCUCCCUCAAGGCUAGGGGUGGACAAAGGGCAGCCUUCCAGGUGAUAUUGGGCUACAGCUCCCAUCUGCCACAGAGCCAACAUAGCCCUUGGAGAAGAAGGCUGGGAGUUGCAGUGUCAUAACAUCUGGAGGGUUACACAACCCAGCCUGCUUCCAGCUUUGGUGUUGAUGUUUCCUGAUGCACACAAUCCCAGCGGAAGAAACCCAUGUGGCUUUUCUUAGCUCUCCUCCAGCUCAGCAGCCCCAAGAGGUGUCGGCUUUGAUACAACAAAGAGAGUAGUAAAUUUCCCCCAUAGGAAAGAGGUUUUGCUGAGGGGGAAUCAGAACUGGACAGAGGAAGUGGUGCUUUGCUCUUUGGCCUUUGACCAAUGAAGGCCCUUGAAUGCUUUUGGAGAUAACACUCUUCCUUGUGUAUCAAGCAACAACCCUUUCUUUGCUGUAGAGGCUACAGAUGCCUUUGAGGGAGGAGAAAGGAGUUGCUUGGUCUCUGAGAGUGAAAUGCAGGGCUUUGUGGAUGGUCUUCCACCUCUCUGGCCCAAGGAAGGGGGUUUGGGAAUGAAGCUGCUGAAGAAACUCGGAGGGAGUUGAAACACUAUCACGCUGGAGAGGUCCUGCAAUGGACUUUGGUGGAGUGGUGGGAACAAGUAAUGAAGAUCUCUAGUACCCAUAGCUGUGCCAUGCAACAAACAUGAGGAUCCCCUAAGCUUGCCCAACUGCAGUUUGCAAUAGUGAGAAAGAGGGCUGUGGUGGGUUCCUUUGUCUUGUUCUCUAUCUCCCAUCUUCCUCUCAGUGGGGCAAAAGUAACUUCUACCUGCCUGGGCAGCUCAUUGGGCUGGAGGGCAGAGGCAGCGUCAUCUGCCUCGGCAAAAGAGCUCUCGGCCCUUGUAGCUGUGGGGCGUCUCUUCUGCGAUUCUGCAUUUCUGACCAUUAACUGUUUUCUUCAGGGCUUAAUUAAUGCAAGUCUUAUGUGCUGGCAACGUAAUGUACUUUUCUAAAAACAUGAAAUGGACUUGGAGGCUCCUGUUAUGUUUUAACCUGCUUCUAUGCAGCUCUCUGUGAUGGUGCAAAGUGGUGAUGGAAUUCUUCUCCUUUGUUGCAUGACUCCUUUUUUAAAAAAAUAAAGCUGAAAUAGAAAGCUA